GAUGGACGUGAUCUCCAUUGAGCUGGACGAGUGGAGCUCUCAGAUGCUGCUGGCCGACUCGUGUGUGGUCAACGAGCUGGUGUCGUCUGUCAAAGUGGAGAACGUUUCUGCUCACCACGUGCAGACCAUUCAGAACCCCGAUGGUUUUAUGGUUUAUCCUGAACUCCAGCUCACAGAGGAGGAGCAGAAGCUGCUGGAUCAAGAGGGAGUCUCACUGCCCAACAACCUGCCCUUAACGAAGACUGAGGAGAGAAUCCUGAAGAAAGUGAGACGGAAGAUCCGGAAUAAACUCUCAGCACAGGACAGUCGCAGGAGGAAGAAGGAGUAUAUCGAUGGUCUGGAGAGCAGGGUGGUGGCGUGUUCAGCUCAGAGUAAAGAGCUGCAGAGAACCGUCGAUCAGCUGGAGAAACACAAUGUGUCUCUUGUGGCUCAGCUGCACAGUCUGCAGGCUUUGAUCAAGCAGACGGCCACUAAAGCUGCGCAGACGAGCACGUGCAUCAUGAUCCUCCUCUUCUCUCUGGCUCUGCUCAUCUUCCCCAGUUACAGUCCGUUCAGCCGCCGCUCGCCGUCAGCGGAGGACACUUACGCUCCGGCCGCCGUGAUUUCCAGAAACAUCUUGAAUGAGGCGGAGUCUCUUCCGCUUCUGGAGGAUCCCGGAGAAGAUGAUCCGAUGUCUCCAGAGCCUCAGUCAGAACCCAGACCUGCAGACGCAGACGCAGACGCAGACGGGCCGCAGCAGACGCAGGAUUGGGUUCGAGAACAGAGGAACGGCUCGGCCGCGAGCGACGCAGACGCAGACGCAGACGCUCUGUCUGUGGGGUUAAGCGCUCCGGUGGCUGCAGGAAUCGCAGACGCAGCUAAACUGCCGCAUGCUGAUGAAAUGUGAGGCGACUCGAGCUUUUAGCUGAAACACAGCCAAGAGAAGAGCUUCUCUGACAUGCCUUUAUUUAUCCCUCUGAUCACCUUCAUCAUCAUCAUCAUCAUCAGAGGAUGAUAAUCCUUAUGUGCUUUAGUUCAGUGAGUCACAACCCUAAAAUAAUCAUAUCAGUUUAGUAAAGAUCGGAUAUCAUUGCACACGUGUAAACAGAAAAAAAAAAUCCCAUCUGUGGUUUAAUUCAGCUUCAAAUCUGAUUUCUGAAGAUCAUGUGACACUGAAGACUGGAGUAAUGAUGCUGAAAAUACAGCUUU